AUGUCAAUAGCAAUCGAUGCAGCAAGGGGGCUGUGUUACAUGCACCAUGGUUGCUCUCCUGCUAUAGCACACCGUGAUGUGAAGUCCAGCAACAUCCUACUGGAUCUUCAGUUCAGAGCAAAGGUUGCGGACUUUGGCCUAGCUCGCGCAUUGCUUAAAGCUGGUGAGCCAGAGUCGGCCUCGGCGGUGGUUGGGUCCUUCGGAUACAUAGCUCCAGAGUUUGGAAGCUCGAGAAAGAUGAAUGAGAAAGUUGAUGUGUACAGCUUUGGGGUGGUUCUCUUGGAGCUGGUAACAGGGAGGUAUGCAAAUGGUGGGGGCGGGUACGAGAAUUUGGCGCAAUGGGCAUGGAGGCAAUUUCAUCAAGAUGAGGACAUCCAUUUGACAAAUCUGAUAGAUCCAGAUGUUCGAGAUCCAGCCUACUCGCAUGAGGUACAACUGGUGUUGAAGCUAGGGCUAAUUUGCACGGGCACAAACCCAUCUUCAAGGCCGUCGAUGAAGCAGGUUCUGCAGGUCCUACAACGCUGA